CCAACGGCUGCUUUAUUGAUUUAAUUUCUCAUGAGACCUGUCUCUCUCUCUCUCUUCCUUAAAGAAGGUUAUUGUAGAUAGAUAGAGAUAAAGCUCACAACAAAACCAGUUUUUGCUGAAUACUAAUCUCUUCCUCUUCUUUCAUUGAGAAGGGAAAAGAAAAGCAAACAAAGGAAAGGGAAGGCUUAGCUUCUUCCUUGAACUUGAAGUCUCUUUUCCUUUGAAGAUGUUUGAUUCUUUAAACCUAUGCACACUUGAAGUUCCUCAGAUUCCUUUUACUUUUCUUCUCUUUUCUGAAAAAUCCAUUAUUGUCGAAGCUCUUAAAUUCAUUCCUUUCUUCUUCAAAUUCUCACAAACUUAAUUUUCCAAAGAAAAAAUGGCUCCCUUUAUUCUUCUAACACUCUUCUUCCUUGUGGGCACUACUUCUUCUGUCACUAGUGAUUUUCAUGCCUUGAACACUCUCAAACAAGGCUUUGAAUUCACUGACCUGGCCUUGAGCACUUGGGAUUCUUCAAAUCCGAGCUCGGUAUGUUCGUGGGUGGGAAUCAAAUGCUUCCAUGGAAGAGUGGUUUCACUUGAUUUAUCAAACAUGAAUCUUUGUGGCUCUGUUUCCUCUGCCAUCUCCAGCCUCGAUAGGCUCUCCCAACUCUCCCUCGCCGGCAACAACUUCACUGGCGAAAUCAAGAUUGAGAAUCUGAGUAGUCUUCAGUCACUCAACAUAUCAAACAACCAGUUCAGUGGUGGCCUGGAUUGGGACUACUCAACAAGUCUUGCAAACUUGGAGGUGUUUGAUGCUUACAACAACAACUUCACUGCUUUCCUUCCUAUUGGGAUUUUGGGGUUGAAGAAACUCAAGCACUUGGAUUUUGGAGGGAAUUAUUUCUUCGGGAAAAUCCCGCCAAGCUAUGGAAACUUGAUGGGGUUGGAGUACUUGAACCUGGCGGGCAAUGAUCUGCAUGGGAGAAUCCCUGGUGAGUUGGGAAAUCUCACAAACUUGAAGCAGAUUUACUUGGGCUAUUUCAAUAUGUUCGAAGGCGGUAUUCCGAGAGAGUUUGGCAACUUGGUGAAUCUAGUCCACAUGGAGAUUCAAAGCUGUGAAUUGGAUGGCUCAAUCCCUCAUGAAUUGGGGAAUUUGAAGUCACUUGAGACACUGUACUUGCAUUUGAAUCUGCUCUCGGGCUCAAUCCCGAAGAAACUAGGCAACCUAACAAGCCUAAUCAAUCUUGAUCUGUCUAGCAAUGCACUUGCUGGGGAAAUCCCAUAUGAGCUCAUUGGCCUCAAACACCUCAAGCUCCUGAACCUGUUCCUGAAUAGACUUCAUGGGCCAAUACCGGAUUUCGUUGCUGAUUUGCCUGAUCUGGAGUGUCUUCAGCUCUGGAUGAACAACUUCACCGGUGUCAUUCCCGAGAGUCUAGGCCGAAAUGGGAAGCUCCAGUUGCUCGAUUUGUCCACGAAUAAGCUCACUGGUACGAUCCCUCGAAACUUGUGUGCUUCAAACCAACUUAGGAUUUUGAUCCUCCUCAAGAAUUUUCUGUUCGGGCCCAUACCUGAGGGGUUAGGAUCAUGUUCAAGCCUCACAAGAGUAAGGUUGGGGCAAAACUACCUAAAUGGUAGCAUCCCAAAUGGCUUCAUUUACUUGCCUGAGCUAAAUUUAGUUGAAUUGCAGAACAAUGAUUUGUCAGGAACUAUGCCGGAGAACGGCAAUGCCACGUCGAAGCCGACUAAAUUAGGCCAGUUAAACCUGCAAAACAAUCUUCUUUCAGGCUCUUUACCAUUCUCACUUUCCAAUUUCACUUCCCUCCAAAUCCUCUUGCUUGGUGGAAACCAAUUCUCUGGUCCAAUCCCUCCUUCUAUAGGAGAACUAGAACAAAUCCUAAAGCUUGACCUCAGGGGGAAUUCGCUUUCCGGCCUAAUUCCUCCGGAAAUAGGGAACUGUUUCCAUCUCACUUACCUAGACAUGAGCCAGAACAACCUCUCUGGCUCAAUACCAUCCGAGGUUUCCAAUAUCCAUAUAUUGAACUACUUGAACUUAUCAAGAAACCACUUGAACCAAACCAUACCCAAGUCAAUAGGCUCCAUGAAAAGCCUCACAAUUGCUGACUUCUCCUUCAAUGAUCUCUCCGGAAAGCUCCCUGAAACAGGCCAAUUCUCCUUCUUCAACGCCUCCUCUUAUGCCGGGAAUCCUCAGCUCUGUGGCUCACUUCUGAACAAUCCUUGCAACUUCACCACUAUAACAAAACCACCCAAGAAGUCCCCCAAAGACUUCAAGCUAAUAUUUGCCCUCGGCCUAUUACUAUGCUCUUUAGCAUUUGCCUCCGCAGCCAUACUAAAAGCCAGGUCAUUUAGGAAAAAUGGCGCGGAUUAUUGGAAGAUGACAGCAUUUCAGAAGGUCGAAUUCACGGUCUCUGAUGUGAUUGAAUCCGUGAAGGACGGCAAUGUGAUAGGCAGAGGAGGUGCAGGGACUGUGUACCAUGGCAAAAUGCCUAAUGGGGUUGAAAUUGCAGUGAAAAAACUUGUUGGUUUGGGCGCUAAUAGCCUCCAUGACCAUGGUUUCAGAGCAGAGAUUAGGACUCUUGGCAACAUCAGACAUCGAAACAUAGUGAGACUGUUGGCAUUUUGCUCAAACAAGGACUCAAACUUGCUUGUGUAUGAGUACAUGAGGAAUGGGAGUCUGGGAGAGGCAUUGCAUGGUAAGAAAGGGGGGUUGUUCUUGGGGUGGGACUUGAGGUACAAGAUUGCUAUGGAGGCUGCUAAAGGCCUGUGCUAUCUCCACCAUGAUUGCUCGCCGUUGAUCGUGCAUCGCGACGUGAAAUCGAACAAUAUUUUGCUCAAUUCGAGCUUCGAAGCUCAUGUUGCGGACUUUGGGCUGGCCAAGUUCUUGGUGGACGGUGGGGCGUCGGAGUGCAUGUCCGCGAUUGCUGGCUCGUACGGCUACAUUGCUCCUGAAUAUGCAUACACCUUAAGGGUAGAUGAGAAAAGCGAUGUUUAUAGUUUUGGAGUUGUCCUUCUGGAACUCAUCACGGGGCGACGCCCAGUGGGAGAUUUUGGCGAAGGUGUGGACAUCGUGCAAUGGAGCAAGAGGGUAACCAAAUGCCACAAAGAAGAAGCCAUUGGCAUUGUUGAUACAAGGCUAACCACAGUGCCCCAAGAGGAAGCAAUGCACUUAUUCUUCAUUGCCAUGCUCUGCAUCCAAGAGAAUAGCGUUGAACGCCCCACGAUGAGGGAGGUGGUCCAAAUGCUAUCGGAGUUCCCUCGGCAUUCACCGGAUUUUCAGUCGUCGACUUCAUCGGUCGUUUUCCCACAACCCAAGAACCUUGAGAAAGAGAAAAGUUGCCCAAAGUUGAGAAAAGAUCUCUUGAUUUAAAAGCUUGAAUUUUAGAGUUUUUAUAUGGUUUGGCUUUUUUUUUUUGGUUAUGGCCUUGCAAUGUGCAAAGUUGAUAUUUUUUUGCUCUUUUUUUUUUUUUUUUUUUUUUUUUUACUUAGAUUUAGGGAAAGGCAAUUUGGCGUUGAGAUAGAAGUACUAGGAAUUAAUAAUUCAUCACUGCACUACAUUUCAAGGGGUGCCUUUUAGGUAGGAGAAGAGCUUUGCAGUGCUAACUUGCUCUUUGUAUCAUACUAUAUACAUAUUAGAUUUCGAUUGCUUUAAUGUCAUUUUAAAAUUUUCUAUCCAAA